GCGCAGACGCGGCAAUCAUUUGCUGAACACAUCCGCUAGCAACAGACUGAGGCUCCAGUACAUAGUUCAGCCAUUUUCAUUCACGUAAAAACCGUUACAGUGACAGUGAAACAUUAGGACACAUAUCAAACAUACGUUUUAUUUUCUGGUAGGAAAACUCAGGAUGGCUUCACGACGAGGUCCGGCCGUGUUACUGCUGAUGUUGACGACGUGGUCGGCCGGCUGCACUGGUACCAGGUACGGGGGGACAAGCCGUGCCACAACGUCCUGCGCCGGCCGCUGUGGCGAGCAGUAUAACAACGGGAACCACUGCCACUGUAACGACCUGUGCAGUCAGUACGGCAACUGCUGCAGCGACUACAACGCCAUAUGCGUUAUCGGAGUGAGUUGCGCCACCAGGUGUGGUGAAGCCUACGACAGCUCCAACACGUGUCACUGUAACAACAGGUGUCAGGAGUUCAGUAACUGCUGUGAUGACUACAGCGCCUUCUGUGUUGCUACGACCACAACUGCGCAAACGACCACCCUGCCGGCUGUCCCAUCCUCCCCCCUACCCGUCACGGCUGCCGAGCUGUCCAGCGUCGCCGACGAUCUGUGGUACGGUGACGUCAACUACGCCCGAGAGGGGGUGGACUUCACCUUGAAUCUGCAGAAUUACGUCACCAACACGGCGCUGCACUCCGACUACUCGUCGUCAAGACUGUUCUCGUACAUGAACGAGAACGGCGUGCUCUCGUCCCCAACCUACGCAGCCUUCGCCGCCAUCUUGAACAAUUACAUCGCGCAGACCGGAAACACUGAGCACGUGACGUCAGCAGAGUCGGCCGAGAACGAGGCUUUCCUCAGCGAGAUCAUGACGACACAGGUCAUGGUCAAAGUUCACGACUUCCUGCGCUGGAAGGGAAUCGUGCCGUAUGACGAGGCCGGCUUCAAGGCGCGUCUGAACGAGAUCUGGUUCGGGCGCUACUCUCGACAAAACGGCAGACUGGACACGUCCGGGUUCGAGCACGUGUUCGUGGGUGAGGUGAAGAACGGGGAGGUGUCGGGCAUGCACAGCUGGGUCCGUUUCUACCUGGCAGAGAAGAGCGGAGACUUCGACUACUCAGGUUACGUCUUUAAGAAACAGCCCGGUACUAUUGGCGUACAGUUCCGCUGGGGAAGCGUGUGGAAGAACCUGGGCGGUUUCUUCCUGGGGACCAGCCCGGAGUUCGACGUCGCCAUCUACACCCUCUGUUUCCUGGCGCGUCCUGAGGGUCUCUGUGAGUUCAGCAUGGCGGGGAGUCAGAUGCGACUCACUACCUACAGCUGGUUAGACCGCGGACAGUACCUGGCUACUGCGUAUCCCUGAACAGAUCAUCUGUAAAAUCGUCAGAAACAUUCAAUAAACAGAAUCUAUGAAGAAAAACAAUGGUCAGA